AUGCUCGGAAGAUGGUAUCUAGCGCCCAUCGAAAAGGGCAUCAAAUAUGCGAUUGAUUCGGUACUGGUUCGGGGGGCAUGCAAGCCGGGAGGCUGGAUUGAACACGUUGACAUCACGGCUACCGUGGGCUGUGAUGACGGGACCGUCGUUACUGGGUCUGCAUUAGAGCAGUAUGGAAAGCUGCUGGAUCCGAAGCAAGAGGAUGUUGGACUGUACGCCUAUGCUGAAGUGUCUUCAGACUUUCAGGGCAUCAUUCAGUUCACAUUUGGCUGA